CAAUACAAAAAUGGCUGCUGUGCAACAAAAUUUUUCGAAAAUGAUUUCGGGACAGCUUCGUAAUAAAGCAAAUGAGUUUCUUAACUCCAGAAAACAUGCGAACAAUCUUGCUGAUAUAUUGCAGAUGUUUGAGGUCGAAACAGACAAUUAUACGCCGCUACUGCUUACAAUAGAAGUAAUAUUCACCGAACUAUUAAAACGGGGCGAUUUAGUCCAGGAAAUAGUUCCAUUAAAGCCUGCAGAACAAAGUCCAGAAGCGGAGUACACAAGAUGGCUUCGUGAAUGCUACGAGACUGCUCUCGCUCGUAUAUUAGCUUGUGUAAUGAAAGGACGCACAAAUUCUCGGCUGCAAGCUCUUGUCACAGCCUCCAAAUUACUGCAAGUUGAAGGGAAACACCCACUGGAGCAGAGCUCUGGAUAUUACUUCCCAUCGUUCAGAUUGAAGAACAUUUUCACAGUACUGUUGGACUCUGAUAUGUCCAUGUCAGCUCCAUUAGCACGUUUCCAAGAGUUCACAGAGUACAAAGAUGUGCAGCAGUAUGGACUGAAAGUUCUCUCUACCCUGGCAUAUCGGAAGUCUCCCACUACAGUCUACAUGCAGAAUUACUUGGAACUUCUUGACAAACUACUAAUCUCAGAGAUUGCCACUGAGACAAAAACUAAAAAUAACAAAGGUGGUGAUGACCAUGAAGAAGAAUUUAAAGUUCUAUGUGGCACAAAUGCCAAGGUGCCAUUCCCGUACAACCCGGGCGUGUGUCGUCGCUACGCCAACCGCUGCUGGAGCUUCGCGUGCCAGUGGCCGCUGUGCUCGGAGCCGCGCACGCACCGCCGCGCCCUGCUGCUGCUGGUGGAGCGCCUCAUGCCGCUGCUCAGCAAGCCGCACCUCGCCACCGACAUGCUCUGCGACAGUCUCGACGCCGGCGGUCCGAUCAGCAUGCUGGCGCUGCAGGGCGUGCUGGAGCUGGUGCGGCGGCACAACGUCGACUACCCGGACAUGUACGACCGCCUGUACGCGAUGUUCGAGCCGGAGAUGUUCGCCACGCGCUACAAGCGGCGCCUCAUGCACCUCGCCGACAUCUUCCUCAGCUCCACACAUUUGCCUGAGAGUUUGGUGGCGGCCUUCGCAAAGCGUCUGUCUCGGCUGGCGUUGGUGGCCUGCCCGGAGGACGCCGUGGGGCUGCUGCAGCUCAUAGCCAACCUGCUGCUCCGACAUCCGGCGUUGAAGCGCAUGAUCUGCUACGAAGAUACGCCCGCCAUCAUGUCGAGCGACCCGUACGUGAUGGAGGAGACGUGCGCGGCGCGCGCGGGCGCGCUGGGCUCGUCGCUGUGGGAGGUGGCCGCGCUGCGCCGCCACGCCGCGCCCGCGCUCUCCGCCGCGCUCGCCGCCGUGCUCGCCGCCGCCGACCCGCGCCCCGAGCCCUUCAACCUGUCCUCCGGGGACGCCAACCAGAUGUUUGAUGCUGAGUUGAAGAAAAGAUUCAAAACGAUCGAGAUGAACUUUAUCCGGCCUCAAGGUAUGACUGCGCCCUCUGGCGAACGUCUCAUGCAGUACUGGGAACUGAUGGCUUGAAUAUCGAAUCGAAAUAGUCUAUAAAAAUCCAGUGCGAGAAACCCGGUUAUCGAUACUAAUGUAGAAUUUAAACUUAUCGACUUUAGAUUCGUGUAAGUUAUUGAAAUGUUUAAAAAAUUUUAAAAUUCGAUAUAAUCCUCUCUUGUUAAAUAUAAUAAAUAUAUUUUUACACAGCCACAAUAGUCGUAGAGUGCGAAAGUCGAGUUUCGAAUUAAUCGAUACAAGUCAUCGAUUACAUCCCUGAUAUUCUAAAUGUUGCAUCGUCGUUUUAACGCGAACAACACUAAUGACAAAACACGAAACAUUGUUUCAUGUUUAAAUUUAACAUAACUUAUUCGGCCUACAUAUGGACAUACAUUACGGACUUGUUGAUUAAACAAAUCAUUGUACUGUAUUAAUCGUUAAGGACUAAAAAAAAAACGAAAUGAUCUUAUUAUCUUUUAUUCAGUGUGUGUGACGUGAUACAAACAUUUCAUUAAAACAGUUCAUUACCAAAGUUUAAAGUAAAUUACAUGUGAUUAGCGAUUGAGUUAUUUGAAUUCGAAAUUUAAUAAAAGCUCUAGUACCCCAGUUGUAUUAGGAUCGCUGGUUCGAUCCGAGCACCCGGAAUGUGCUUUAGUUACUGCGGCCGUGGACUUAUUAAACUUUUGAACUUCACACUUUGGACCCCACCAGAGAUUUUGAAAACAUUCAAACACGCAUAGAAUAAUUUUAAAAUGUACACACGGAGAUUACAUUAUCGUAAUAAGAGUACAGCAGUGGUAGUUCCAUUUUUCCAACUGGAAAGACGAAUGUAUUACACCAUACAGCCUAAUAUUUUGUAUACCCUAUUCUCUUUCUUGAAAAAUGAUAUGAAGAUGAUUAUUUUGAGACAUUAAUAAAUUGAGAUGACAUUAAAUGAGAUGUGAUGAUGAUGAUAAUAAUGUGAUGAAAUAAUAUUAUAAUCUCAGUAAAAUGGUGGUAAUUGACUAAGACUUUUUCACUGGACUUUUUUAAAGAUCGCGAGAAACUACAUCCAGCGGCUUUGUUUCAUUUUCCCACAUUUGUGCACUUGCACACAUACUAAACAGUUAAUAAACCACCGUUAUUAUACAUUUAAACCUGAAGAAACACUAAAUAGAUAAAAUAAAACAAUUCACACAACUUCGCUCCUCGCGUUCCCCCAAAAAGUCUCUCAUAGAGUACAGUUAACACAGGCGUUCUUUUUUUUCUCGUAUUAUCAAACGAUUGAGUGUCAACCGCCGGAUCCCAUGAUCAUCACAGCGUGGAUCCCGUUGCUCACCUUGAGAUGAUUUCAUUCUCAAUUGCAUUAGUAGAAUUGUUCCCUACUUCCACAUUACAAAGCAAGACACUUGGUGGCACAAAUUGUCAAAACAGUGCCACUAACUCUACUCGCUAAAAGUACUGAAAGUAGGAAUUGGGGGAAAAGGAAAUAAAAUUAUGAAGAAAAAAUACUGUUUUGUAGUAAGUAGCUGUGAAGGUUUGUGUGCAUCGUCUCAUCAAUGGACUAUUGGUCUACUCAAGGUGUCUCUGGCCCAUGUGACGCCCGCGUGCAAUCAUUGCCCUAGAGCCCUCUAGUUUAGCGCGCGGGCAGAAUGGAAUAGGUCAAAUGUCAACAGCACCAUAGGUAAAACAGCGUCUUGGUCUACUGCCGUCUAAGAUCCUCUGGUCUAAAAUAUGAUCUACAAAUCAAUUUUUUAUCGGUUCAUAACUCACAUGGACAUUCAAAGGGUUAAUAUCAAAGCAUGGGCGGUUCUCGUUCGGAACCGUCGAUCGACAAUGUCAUUGUCAUUGGACACUAACAGAGUUCGUUGAUGUCUCGCACGUUCACCUUCUAAUACAUUAAAAGUAGAGCCGCAUGUUUUUGUUGAACGUAUAUUUAAGAUAGUUAAAAGUAAGAUUUAAUGCAUUUGUAGCGAAAAUUGACGUUAAAAAUUCACCAAAAAUAACUUUAAAUUAACAAAUACGAAAAAUGUAUGUUUUAGUUUUUAUAGAAUACACAUUUAAUUUUUACUUUGAUGAUCUAUUUUUUUUGAGACUUCAGUAAAACAUUAUGUAUUGAUUUCCUUUUUUUUUUAUUUCUGGAAACAUUACCAGAUUUUCAAAUAUAUAAUUAAUGGGGGGUCUUUUGACAAAAAAUAAGCUUUUCUAAACCACAUUUCUGGGUAGUAACUAAGUAGUCAGUAGUUUGGCUAACUUAAUGAACAAUACCGAACAAAUAAUAAUAUUGAGUUAACAUUUAGUUUGUUAAUGUCAAUCAAAGUAUUCGAUAUCUUACCUAAAUGGGACACAAUUACCCAGAGUACUGUAGGUAUUCAUUUUUGUAUUUGUUUCUCAAACACUGAAAUACAGCAUCGGUUAGACAGAGCCAGCAAGCACUUUACUACACACAUUGAUGUAAAAGAAAAUCUACUUUUCACGCACAAAAUCACAGAAGACAUGACACACAAGUUCUCAUGAGGAUUCGAAUGUUUUAUAUAAUUUUACCAUCAUGGUAAUACCAGCUGUAAAGAUGUCAUGAGAACUCAAGAAUUUUCACUAUCAUGGCAAUACCAGCUAAAAAUCUCUCACGAGAAUUAGGAUAUGAUUUUAAUAAAAAAUCAUGGCUAGACAAAGGUAUACGUCCUCUUAAUAACAAUGCUUAAAAACAUAUUUAUUUCCCAUACUAAUUAAAAAUUGAACUGCUAUUAUAAUCUUUUUUAUCAUCCCACUCUAGUCUAAGCAUCGAUUAUAACAUUAACAUUAGUCUUCCCUUUUGUUGAUUCUGAAUAUAGAAACCUGAUUCCAUGAUUCCUUUUGUAAAUUAUCAAGCAAUUGAAGUUUUUCGACGAAACAUUGAAUUCCCUGAAAUUUACAACAAAACUGUAAAAAAAACUAUGGAUCGGCCAUAUUUAUUUUGUUUUUUAUUUUAUUUUAUUGAUUAUUAUAGUGUACUCGUUUGUUCGGGCGUUGGCGGGGUUUUGUGUUAAACUGAUGCCAUUCUGUAGUUUCCACUAAAACAUUGCAAAAAUAUGAUAAAAAAUUUAAUCUUAACUAUUAUUCAACCCUAUUGUGAUUUUAUAGAAAUGCGUUGAUAUAAUCUGGGGUAACUUAAGAUAAAUACGACAAGAAAUAACGUAUUUAUACACUAAAAUAUAAGGUACAGUUUCCUUUGUACACAUUCGCCGCCAAUGACUUCAGAGCCUCGCAGUUGAGGGCGCGGCUGUUUUAGAAUACACAUAAAGACAUACUUCAUGACGGUGACGUCAUGAAUGAGUUUGUCAACGCAAAACACACAUAAUUACGAUUAAAAAAUAAUAACUUGUCAUUCAAUAUCAUUUUAGUAACUUUUUUUUCAUUACCAUAAAAACUACAUUGUAGUUCAAGGUUUGGCCAAUUUUGCGUUGAGAACCUCUACAGAUAUAAGAUUUAAGGAGAGCUAUCAUAAGGCCAUCUUGAAAUAUUUCAUAAAAUCAUAUACCAACACCUGUUGACACCAGUGAAUUUUCUGAGCUAACAAUUUACUGUAAUGUUAGCUACUAGUACUAAAGAUGUGGUCCCGAAGUGACGAACCGACCAAUGGGAGUGCAGCUUUUGAUAAAGCGUUGACAUCGAAAGCUCCCAGCUUGUGAUAAUCUUGUGCGAUCAUUGAGAAUUGAUUAGUCUUGUUUUUAUCACUAUUGAAGCAAUGUUCAUGGAUCGUAGUGUAUAAAGCUGUUACAUGUUUUAUAGCAAAUGUUAAGUGUAAUUAAUGAACAACAUUUAAAAGUACUUUAUUGUUGUUUAAAAGUCAUCAAGUACUUGAAAAAAAUAGGUUUUUAAAUUUGUACUUUUGUAUAAUUAUAUGGAAGUUUCCGUUAGGACAUGGUUUGAAUGGAUAUACUAGCAUGUUUAAACAAUAUUAUGAAGAAUAAAGACUUUUUAUAUCAAAAUUGUUAAACUUACCACUGUACACGAUACAGCGAAUCUCUGUCAGACUCCCACAGCCGCGCCCACCGGAUUAAUGUGAUUAUAAUUUAGAUGUAAGUUAGAUUGUAAGACAUUAUUUUAUAUUUCAUUUAAAGUUUUAUUGUAUUAUUAUGAAUAAAGAAAAACUAUUCUAAUGUUCGAAA